GUCCCUGAGGCUGGACUCUGCAUGGAGGAGUUCUUUCUUCAGAGUGAGAUAAUUCGGCUCAGACAGAUAGCGCUGCGCUUUAUCGAGUCUCCCUCUCCUUCGUGAUAGCCUCCUGCAACCUAAGCCUUAGUAGCCUAAAGGAGCCCUGCCUUUGAUUCUAAGCCCGAGGUCGAGGCCUCUGAUUACAUUGACAAGCUCGUUUGCGGCGACAUCGUUGCCAAGCUGUGCCCUAUGCUGCGACAAUCCUGCAGCAGCCUGCAGGUAUAGCGUAAUACUCCCUAGACAGGGUGGACUGGGCAUACACUUGCCAGGUAACCCAGAUUUCAUGGAGGCGGUGCUUUGGCGUGACAGUUGCCAAUGUGGCCUUCUCGGCGCACGCAGGAAGGGGCCACAGCCCCCGGUUGUCAGCUGCAAGUCUGCCGUGCCGUUGCUAGGAGAGCACUCGUUGCACAAUCGGGCUGCGCCUGCAUCAGGCUCUAGUUUGCCCAGGCACCUUUCGAGUUGCUGCAGAGAAGCGCUUCCACCCACAACACGGUUGAGUGGGCACACGUUGUUUGAUCCGCGCCCUCAGGGGAAGAGGCAGGGUCAUGUGGUGGCAGCUGCCCCGGGCGACAGCACUGCGCGGUGGUGGGAGCGAGAAGGGGGCCCCAACGUGCGUGACGUGCACAGCAUUGGGGACUUUGUUGAGGAGCUGGCAGGCGCAGGAGAGAGCCUGGUGGUGGUUGAGUUCUACGCCAGCUGGUGCGGCUCGUGCAGGGCACUGCUGCCCAAGCUGCUCAAAAUUGCGGCGGAGCACCCCGACGUGACCUUCCUCAAGGUCAACUUCGAUGAGUGUAAGGCCAUGUGCAAGAGCCUGAACAUCAAGGUCCUCCCUUUCUUCCACUUUUACCGUGGCGCAGAUGGCCGCCUGGACGCCUUCUCCGCCUCCAUCUCCAAGUUGGCAAAGCUUCGAGAGGCUAUUGAGGUGCACAACACCGAAAGGUGUAGCUUGGGACCUGCAAUUGGGGUGGGCCCCGACUUCGAUUGGGAAGCUGCAGCGCGAGCGAAUGCUGCAGCCGCGGCUGCCGCAAAAGCCGCUGCCGCGCACUGAGGUCCACUUGCAUAAGGAGCCACCUACGAAGUUCGCUUGGGCGUGUUGGCAUGGUAUGAGGGCAAUCGCACUGCAAAAUCUGCAUUAAGUACUCCAAACGGAGUUCACUCCAACUGAAUUGUAAUUUACAGAAAGCAUAGCGCUGUAAGUUGAUAAACGUCUCACCAGUCCCUGUAGAGGGGCUCUACGUGAAGCCGAAUCUCCAAGACGGCACAAAGUCCUCUUUAAAAGUGCAGGCCCUUUGUACGAUCCGCACCAUGCAUGUGGCAAUACUCAACAUGGGUAAGGAAAGGGCACUGGGUAACGAAAGGGCGCGGUAUAGCUCCCGACAACAUAUAUG